AGUUUAUUUUAAAGCAUUCAUGGGACAUAACAAAGGAAGGAAUGAGUGAGUUCACAGCCUUCCUGAACAGAACCGGACCUCAGAAGCUGGUGACAACAGUUGAAGUGUUGAAUAAACGAGUCAGACUGGAAGCCUGCAUCCAAAACCUGCAGGAGAGAAUCAUGUUUAUUGAAGCAAAGCAGACAGAAAUCAAUCAGACUGAAGAAGCUCUGAAGGAACAUGAAGAAGAGAUGAAGAAGAACCAGAAGUUCACUGUGGAAGUUGAUGAACCCUACAAAGAUAAAGAACCUAUUGAUGGUGGGAUGUGGGGGUUGGUGUUUUAUGAAGGAGCUGUCUGCUGUACAGUCUGUGAAGAGAACUGUCACUAUCCUGGAUGUACAAUGGUCUGGAAACCUGAAGACUGUGAGGUCAUGAAAGGUGGACGCUGCACCUCAUGUACCAACAAGUGUCCUGCAUCAGAUCAUGUGAAAGAAAAGUGGAGAUAUGUGACCAAGACAAGGAGAGUGAAGAAGACUCUGAUAGACAUGAAACUGAAGUAUGAAGAGAAUCAGACAGAAAACCAGAAGAAGUCGAGUCUUUUGGAAAAUCUGAAGAAAGAAAUGGACCAGCUGACAGCAGAUAAAACACGGUGGCUGGAGAAGGCCUACCAACAUGUUGUCAGACUGAAGGAGAUCGCUCUGGAAGCUGAUUCAGUGUCCACUCAUGUCCACCUGGACUUCCUGAUUGAGAAGAUGAAGGAGAAAGGAGACACAGAGAAGGUCCAGAAGCUGGAGGAGAUGAAGAGAAUGAUGGAUGAAGGAACCAGAGCAGCAGUGAAGUACGUUGUUGUUUCACAGAAAUUAGUAUAAAAGUCGGGAGACCAUUAAUGAACAAGUUGAAGAAGUAACAUCAUCAGUGAGAGCUGAG